CGUCUCCCACAAAAUUCUCUCCCUUCCCCCACAAACCUCUCCGCCCAAACUCCCUCUCCGACCAUGUCCAUCACCGGCCACCUCUCCGGCAACCCAGAUAAACUCUUCCGCAAAUCACUUCACCGCCGCAAAGAUUCCGGCGAGCUCGAUGUCUUUGAAGCCGCCCGCUACUUCUCCGGUAGCAAUGAACUCCCUUACACCGCCGCCACCACCUACGAAACUUCGUUAUUUUCUCAGAAGAUCUUCAGAGAGGAUCACGGCGACCGGAGAGGCGGAAGAAUGAGCCUCGAUUUGCCUAUAAGAACCAAUGUGAUUCCUCUCCCACCACCACCGUACACGGCGGAGAAACAAUCAAUUAAAGAUCAGAAAAAACAGCGCCAACAACCCAGCUCCCCCGGCGGCCGCCUUGCCAAUUUCCUGAAUUCUCUGUUCAAUCAAUCGUCCUCCAAAAAGAAAAAGAAACCCAAAAAUCCAAUAAGAAACGAAGAUCUUCAUCAAGAAAUCGGCGGAAAAAAGAGAAGAAGUAGCUUAAGUACGUUGAUUGAUUCAAAAUUUUCAUCUAAUUCUUCAAAAAUUUCAGGAUUUAGAACUCCACCAGCUCCCAAUUGCUGCACUGUACAAACUCCGAGCAAAAAUUACAAGGAAAUUAGAAGCUUUUUGGAUCAGAAACGGGCAGCUAAUAGUUCCAAGAAUCUCGGAAAUGGGAUUGAUAAAAAAAAAUCGGAGAUGUGGAGAAAAAUCAACGAUCCAGAUGAAGGGGAUGAGAGUGAUUCUAGUUCUGAUCUUUUUGAGUUGAGGAUUUACGAUAAAUUUGAUUGUUAUUCAUCAACUGAGUUGCCUGUGUAUCAAACCACCAACAUUCAGACCAUGAACAGAUUGUAAAUUAAUUUCAUCUUUUCAUUAUCCAUUUUUUUCAAAAAUCAAAAUUCCAUUCUCUUCUAUCUCUAUCAAUUAUUUGCUUUUUCCGGUUAAAUUAAUAAAUACCCUUUUCACAAAGGAAAAAAAAAAAAAAAACUUGGGUGUGCCACCUCGCUCAUUUCUUGUGCAGUCUGAAAUUGCAUUCAAUAAAAUUGUGACAUGUGAGCAAUGAUUAA